CAAAGAAGGAUACAUGGAACACAGGGAAAUGGACUGCUCUUCAUCAGGUGCUUUGGUAAUUUUUUUUUCGGUCACUUCGCGAGUCCGGUUCCUGUGGGAUCCUUUGGUCGUCAUGGCAGCCUCACCCCCGUUGUUCCUCCUGCUGGUCAGCCUCAUGGGAGCUCUGGCCGUCUCCCCUGUACCCCUUGACCUCCGCACUGCCGCAGCCAUGGCGGCAGGUCUGUGCAACACCCGUCCAACAGACCUGGUGUUCAUUGUGGACAGCAGCAGGAGUGUGCGUCCGUCAGAGUUUGAGCAGGUCAAGGUGUUCCUGGCCAAGGUCAUUGAGGGACUGGACGUCGGGCCCGAUGCCACCCGGGUCGGAGUGGUCAACUAUGCCAGCCGCGUCAAGAACGAGGUGUCUCUCAAGACACACAAGACCAAGGCCGGUCUGGUGAAGGCUGUGUCAAAGGUCGAGCCCCUGUCCACUGGCACCAUGACCGGUCUGGCCAUCCAGUUUGCCCUCAAUGUAGCUUUCAGUGAAGCAGAGGGAGCUCGCAUCAAGUCUCCUGGCAUCAGCAAGGUGGCCAUCAUCGUGACCGACGGCCGUCCUCAGGACAAUGUGAAGGACGUGGCAAAGCGAGCCCGGGAUGCCGGCAUCGAGCUGUACGCCAUCGGAGUCGGGCGCGUGGACCUGAACACCCUGAGGCAAAUUGCCAGCGAUCCACUGGACGACCAUGUAGACUACGUCGAGAGCUACUCCGUCAUCGAGAAACUCACCAAGAAGUUCCAGGAGGCGUUCUGUGACACAGUGGCGGACCUGUGUGCCACUGGUGACCAUGACUGUCAGCAGGUAUGCAUCAGCGCACCAGGUUCAUUCAAGUGUGCCUGCAAGGAGGGCUUCGAUCUACAAGAGGAUGGCAAGAGCUGCAGAGCCUGUGGAAGUACAGCCACAGAUGUGGUGUUCCUGAUUGACGGUUCUAAGAGUGUGCGUCCAGAGAACUUUGAGCUGGUCAAGAAGUGGAUCAACCAGAUUGUGGACAAAAUGGACGUUUCAGAGAACAAGGCUCACGUCGGACUGGUCCAGUACUCCAGCACUGUCAAACAGGAGUUCCCUCUGGGUCAAUACAACAACAAGAAGGAUGUAAAGGACGCAGUGAAGAAGAUGGCGUACAUGGAGAGAGGGACCAUGACAGGCCAGGCCCUGCGCUUCCUGACCGACACCAGCUUCUCUCCAGCCAGCGGAGCACGGCCUGGGAUCACCAAGGUCGGCAUUGUCUUCACCGACGGACGUAGCCAGGACUACAUUGGAGACGCCGCCAAGAAAGCAAAGGAGCAAGGCUUUAAGAUGUAUGCCGUCGGUGUGGGUAAUGCUGUGGAGAAUGAGCUGAGGGAGAUAGCAUCAGAGCCAACAGGGGAACACUACUUCUACACCGCAGAUUUCAAAGCCAUGACAGCCAUCGCUAAUAAGCUGCAGAUCAACUUCUGCCCAGAGGAGGACCCAUGUGAAUGUGAGUCCAUCGUUAAGUUCCAGAAGAAAGUAGAAGACGCCCUACAGGCACUAACGAAAAAACUGGAGGGCGUGUCGAAAAGGAUCGCUGCGCUGGAGAACAAGAUUGUCUGAAGACACAAACACAAACAAACACAUCCCACUCCAAAUACCCCUCACUUCACAACCCGUUUUUUUUACUUCCUGUUGUGUCUCAAGAAGAGCCUAUGUCCCCUGACCUCUGAGCUUUGACCCAGGCCUUUCCGCUCUGGUCGUACCUCUCUUUCUGCCUCACCUUGUCUAUCACUGGGUUCCCUGGACAUAUGGCACCGGACGCUCUGAUAGCCUGUUUUCUGUGUACGCUCCUGAGCUCCCCCCUUAGGCAGCCUGUGGGUGCACCCUGUAAAUUCUUCCCUCAUAGGGAACCAGUGUUUGUACCCGGAAUGGUUGUAUCUUUAAAGUGGCCUGUACAUGCACACAACAGAGUUUCACAUCGUAGGCAGCCUGUGGGUGCACCCUGUAAAGUCUUCCCCAAAGGGAACAUACCUUGUCACCUCCAGGGGAAUAGUACAUCAAUAGUACAUUCCAUUUAUCUUUUUGUAAUAUUUCUCUACCUCCCUGCAUCUCCCCUGACUCAUCUCUGUACUCCCCAAUUCUCACCACACAAAGGUAUCUAUUAUUUUGUAUGGAAUAUAUAUAUAAAGGUAAUUUAAUAUAAGAGUGGCCUUAAAGGUACUGUACAUGUG